CAAAUGUUCUUUAUAAGACAUUUAGUAACUAUAGAAUUUGUGUAGCAUUCAUACAACUUGAGUGAUUAUAUCGUGCUAUGUAUUGUGUUUUUGCGUAGGUGUGAAUUGUCAGUCAUUAAUUUUUCACCUAACAUUUAUUGUGUGUUUUUGUUCAUGAUUUGAAUGGUUGUAGAUGAAUAAGGCAUCAUAUCAAACCAACAAUAUUAUACAGGGGACGUGAGGUGUGGCAGUGGAACGAAGACAACUUAGUCUAUGUACCUUUUCGAUCGAUUUAAAACUAAACUAUAGAUGUUAUCAGGGAUAUGUGUAGCAACGUUUUUCUUAUAAAAUAUAAUCCUUCAAUCAUCCCGUCUCUCGACGAUGAACCAUUUCAAAUUCAUAGCAUAUACAUUUCUCAUUUCUGUACUCUUCUAUAAACUAUACAGUGUGACCAAAAUGGAUAAAAAUCAUUAGAAAGAAUACCCAAAAAAUGUCAGCUAUGUUGGAUAACGUAAAUCAAAUAGAUGUUUCAAUAUAGAAAGUGGUACAGAUUAAUUAUUUUGAAGAUAACAUGCGCUUUGUCGUUUCUGCAUGUACUGGUAGUGCAUUGCCAAUGUUCCUACACAAGUUGAUGCCUUUGGAAAUAGUUACAUUCAAUUAUCCAUCCACGCAAUAAUGAGAGUUUCCAAAACCUUACCGGACUUUUUUCCUUUUGAUAAAAUAUCUAAUCUAUUUUAAAUUUUAAAUGCAAGAGUCCGUUGCUCAAAAAAAAAAGGCAAGAGUCCGAAACUUGCAUGACCUUGCGAAGUUUCGGAUGGAUAGUAGGUGCUGGAACUGUUGUAGAUUUUGACCUUGCGAUUGUUUCUGAUGUUGCUGUUCUAGUUUGGCUUGGUGAUGUUCCUUUCAGGGUUGGGAUCGUUAAAGACUUUUGCUCCUUAGUUUUUUUACAUGUUCUAUAGAAAGGUAAUGAGUAAUUAUUGGAUCAUCAGUUCCAGCUCUAGUUCCAUUGUUUCGUUAUAUAUUAUUUGUCUACUGUUUUAAAAUUUAUAUUUUGUUUUGGUUAGUAUCAUAUCUCCUUUUUUUGGGCUAUUGUCUUCAGAAAUUUAUUCAUGUUCCGUCGACUUAUAUAUUUCAUCUUAUAUCUUUUCAGUGAAUGAAAUGAAUUUUCAAGUUUAAAAAAUGCAAGAGAGUCCAAAUGUUACGAGCCAUAUGGCUAUUAAUCCCAUAAACAUUAUAGAACCAAUCUGAAUCAUAUAGAAGCCUAAAUGAUAAAAUAACCCUAGAAAGCCCAAGGCUGAAAUUCACUGCUUCACAACUAAAUUUUCAUAUUAUGAAAUCAUAGGUUAACAACACACACAAACUUUGUUCCAUCUAAUUUUGAACUAAUUAAUUAUCACUGCUGCAGUGUGUAAUAUGAAUUUCCACUAAAGUAUUGUCUAUGAGUGUGAGUGUGAGUGUGAGUGUCAAUUGAAGAAAACAAAAGGUUGAAAAAAAAAGACAGAUACAAUUUUAUAUUUGCUGAGUAAAACGGCAAGCACUGUGAGUCAAAAACGAAAACGGCACGCUUUUCACCAGAUGAUGCGUAACGCAGGAAAAGAAAAACGGUUUAGAAAGAAAUAAAAACCGAUUCACAGUCGCAAGAAAACGGAAUGGUGUUUGGACUCAUCGUCAACAUCGUCGGAACGUGACGGAUCGUUGCUAACGGACUCGUAGGUGGGAAACAAAACUCUCUUCUCCAGUUCUCCUCACCUCAGGUAAGCAUUGAUCGUUCGUAAUUCGUAAUUCUCAGCGAUGUUGAAGCGUAGUGAUAAACUGAAACCUCCUUACGGAUCUCGAACUCAUCGAUUAGGAGUUACUCUCGUCGUUAUCGGUCUCCUAUUACUCGCAGCUCUUUUGUUCCGUCUCGGCGACAAGACUCACGACCAACCGACACAGAUCGUCAAACACGUGUCGCGCUCUCAUCCAACCGUCGAGAUCCGAAACGGAACUCGUUUGAUUUGGAAGAUACCAACAAACAAACCAAAGGCUGUUCUGUUCAUCGCACACGGUUGCCACAGAAAAGCUUCAGACUUUUGGGACAAAUCACCAUCUUGUCCGAACUGUACCGGCUUACCAGAAGAGAAGGUUCUUGUCCGUACCGCUUUAUCCAAGAGCUUCGCUGUUAUCACAGUCUCCAGCUCAGGAACUUGCUGGAGUUUCGGGAAGGAGAAGAGAGUUGUCAGGGACGUGAUCAAAACGUGGGUUAAGAAGCAUAAUCUCGAGAGCCUUCCUCUCGUUGCGUUAGGAGCUUCCUCCGGCGGGUACUUCGUAUCCGCUCUCGCCUUAGAUAUGGAGUUUAGUAGCAUUGUGCUUAUGAUCGCUGAAGGAGUGUUUGAUCGGAUCAGUGUUAACAAACGUUACCCGCCGACGCUUUUCGUGCACAUGCCUAAGGACGUGUACAGGCAACAGAAGAUUAGAGAGUUUUUGGAAGGGUUGAGGGUUGAAGGCGUUGAUGCUGCGGAGGUCGAGUGUUUGGAUUUGCCGUUGUCUCCUGGGUUUUUGGCGGAUAGGAUUGAGGGUUUAGAUCGCGGCGUGUCGGCUCAAGUGUUUGAGGUGUUGAGAGAGAAAGGGUUUGUUGAUGAGAAGGGGUACAUGAAGCGUGAUGGGAGGAGAACACCGUGGAGAGAAGCGCUUAGUGGGUAUAAGAUAUCGUUGGAGGAGAGUUUGGUUACUCCUGUUGAAGAGGAGCUGAAUCUUGCGUAUGCGUAUCAUGAGAUGACGAGUUUGCAGUCUGAACAGAUCUUUAACUGGUUUGAAUCGCAUAUGGGGUGAAUGGUUAGUUUACGGGUUGAGUUAGAAAGGACUAUGGUCACUGUAGUGGCUCUGAUGAGAAGAUAGUUUUGUUAGUAGCGUUAGCUUAACGUAAGGUGAGUUGCUUUUUGGUCCUCGUUUGUUUGUUGUUUAUCUAAGACUACCAACAAGUCUGUUGACUAUAUUGUGGUUCUCGAAUCUGUAACAAGAACUCUACAUAUGAGAAUGUUGGAUGCUAAGAAUUUUGUGGCAUAAUGACUUGUAUAUCUAUAGCAAGUCAUUCAAAGUUAGAACUAUUGGUGUUGAGACAUGGUAUAUGAUUAAAAAGCUUUGUUUC